UCUCCUCUCAUGAGCAGUUGCUUCUUCCUGCAAUGAUAAUUCACCGAGCAGGCGAAUCUGUAUUCUCCAGUCGGUGAGCGAUUUAAUUGUUCGGUCGUGUAUCUAUUAUUUUGCCAUCGCGAUUGGAUCAAAUAGCAUGUUGAACAAAGGAAAUACCAGCAAGGAGAAAAAGUUGGCACAAUUCUCACAAUCCGGAAGCUCACUGCGGAUCUUGCCCCCUCCCUGCCUUGGUCCGCCCGCGCCCUCUUACCGGUCCAUGCAAGAUGGGUAUCGGCAAGGGCGGUUUUGUUCCUAGGUCUGGAGUCUUUGUACCGAACGAACGAGCAAAAGCUUGGAACCCUCCGAGAAUCCCACAAUCCGGACUUGCCAGGGAAGAAAAAUCCCGCCACGGCCAGGGCAGCUUUUGUUUUCGUGUGGAGUUUGAAUUGCGGUCUUUUUUUUUUUUUUUUUUG